UACUACGAGUAGCUGCUGCUCUUCUAUGCGUAAAAAUAUUCUGCGGGACAUUAAACCCCCUUCGUGACGAGUUGACAGUUUUACUCGUCCGCUUUCAGACACGCAGAGUGAUACGCACUACGCCUUUUUUUUGACACGCAAAGUGACACGCAGAGUGACACGCACACUGAUACGCACUCGCCAAACACAGCCUGUAUCUCGUUUUUGACGAGUCUGCACUGUCAAGCCGCUCUGUAAAUUGACACGCAGUGAGUGCGUGUCAGUGCGUGUCACUUUUACAGACCGGGAAGAGGUUUUGCAAAGUUUUGGAAAUAUCUUUCCCCGACGGUAUUGUGUGACACGCACUCACUGCGUGUCAAGUGCGUGUCACUCUUCACGCCUGUAUUCUCGCCACCAGCGAUUCGGUAGUGCGUGUCGGUGCGUGUCACCAGAUUUAGGUGCAAAAAGUGACACGCACUGACACGCACUAGAUGCGUGUCACUACCAUACCGUGCAGGAGAGAGACAACGCCUGUUGGGUUUUGGUCUUCCCCGAUGGUAUACGGUGACACGCACUGAGUGCGUGUCACUUUUUGCACUAUAUUCUGGUGACACGCAGUGACACGCAAUGCGGUACAUAAGUGACACGCAGUGUGACACGCAGUGUGACACGCACUGCGUGUCACUUGCGUAUCACUUUGCGUGUCAACUGCGUGUCACUUUUUGGACUCAAUUGCGUGUCAACUGCGUGUCACUUUUUGGACGUUUUGCUUGUCUGAGCGUGUUCAUUUUUUUGCGCGUUUUCUUCCCGAAUUCGACUGCCUUUUUUUGCGCCACAGACAUUCUGCUUUUUUGAACAACAGAAAAUACGGCUUUUUUCUGUACUUUUGCAGCUCCAAGUUGAAGAAAAAGGCCGCGCUGUGUGUUUUGCUGCAGAAAGUACUCAAGACCGGCGCCCCCGCCCUGCUGGCGGGGGCUGGCCGGCAUGGGAGAGAGCACGAAGCGCCCGGAAAAGGGAAAAGAGGCCUUUUCCUGAAACUUGGCGGCCCGAAGUUGCAGAAAAAGGCCUCCAAAUGAUUGCCGCGAGCAAGUGCGCGCGCUUGGUCUGACUUGGCUUCUUUGGCUCGGGCGAUGCUUCCUCGCUAUUGUUGGGCGCGCAGCUGGGGGCGCGGUUGGGUGCAAGCCGGCUUCUUUGUUGCGAUAGCUGCGAAGAAACGAAAAGAGGAGCUUUUUCUGCAACUUGGCGGCCCCAACUUGUUGAAAAAGCCUGUCAGGCGAGACUUGUUGAACAAGACCGCUGCGCCUUUUGCUGCCGUCUGGCCCGAGGGGCCCGGUGACCUUCCGCCCUAGGCCCUCGCAUUUGUGCCUGGCCGCUAAUUGAGUCCUUUUCUGGCAGCUUGCAGCUGGGAACUUGUCCAAUUUGCGCGUCUUCUUUUUGUGUUUCUUGAUGUGGGCUCUGGAGGCAAAAGAAACACUUCGAAAGCGCCACUCCCUAUCGCAGCCUGGCACCCCAUGGCCAUGGUAGUGGACAUUUUGAGCGCGUUUCAGAAGCCACACAUUUGCUAGGCCGAUUUCCCUCCGACCUUCGUGACGAGUUGACAGUUUUACUCGUCCGCACAAAAUUUACUUACAUCGGCGAACAUCUCUACGGGCAAAAAGAAUAGCCGUGACCGUACGUGGACCUCCACUAGGAAGCAGAUCGAUUGGCGAAACGCAAAGAAAAAGCGAUAGCCAGUAAAAACGCCUGCCGGAGGUGCCGGCCCCAACGAUUCCCAGUUUGCAGAAGCAAACUCUGUGUAUUUCCCAUCGCGGACGAGGACGAAAGAGGUCGUAGAGGUUCUCUAGACGAGGACUCGCGUCACGGCGCAAAAAUCAAACAGACCAUCAUGUCGAC